CUUUUUUGAUCCUUUUAUCACAAUAGAACCAACACACAGACAACUGUUGGUUGUUCAAAGGUCUUUAUGUGUCUUAAUGAUCAAACAUGAGGCUGACUCACAUACAAAUUAUUUUUUCAUAAUAUAGCAGACACUCAAAUACAACUCCAUGCAUUGUUAGCACAAAAAGCCCCCCCUAGCCCCAGCCCUAAUAAAUCACUGCAGCACCUCAGCUGAUUGACUGCGUUCUGAGACCGGAGUUUGCCUAGGCAAGUUUAACUGAGAAAUAAUAUUUAUGAUUCUGGUAUCCUUCAAGAGGAUGAAAGUAACAAUCAGUAAUUGGAGCUGAUAUUUCUGCAUGGAUUAAAAAGAGGAGCACACUGUUAAUUACAAACUACAAAUCUACAUUUAAAAUAAGUACAGAGCAUCAGUUUUGUAGGAGAUCCAUUAAAUACCAGAAGCAUUUAGGUGUGAUUUUAGACCAUGUAAUGUUGUACUCAUGUCUGUGACGUCAUGAGCUCUAGCUGGGUAAACACACUGGCUCAAUCUAUAAAAAAAAUACGUUUUUUUUUUCGUUUUUAUAAUGUUUUAAAGUUUAUUUAUUUCCUAUAAAGAUUUUAUUACAGUUUAUUUAAUUUUAAAAUUAGUUUUUUGAAAAGUUAAAUCCAUCAACAACUUUACAGCCCUGACAGAUGUCGCUCUCUGAUUGGCUGAUGCUGCGCUAUGUCCCGGUCAAGCUUCUGGAAUCUUCCCAGAUGUCGCUCUCUGAUUGGCUGAUGCUGCGCUAUGUCCCGGUCAAGCUUCUGGAAUCUUCCCCCUUCUGAGUCUGCUCCGGUCUAGCUUUUCACUUGUGCGAGACGUUGCGAUUUGGAAGUUUUCCAGUGCUGCCAGCUGUGAUCUUCACCUGUGCUUCACUACACCCACCUUCAAUCAUCUACACUACUGUUACAUCUCAAUCAGAAAACAACACACUGACUAGAUAAACAUAUUCAGACACAACAGACAUUUAUUUUCAUAGCUACACAUAAUAUUCACUAACACACACACUUUCACUCACACACACACACAUUCACUCACUAUCUUCCCACAAACACUGUUUCAUUCAUUUGGAACAUAUUUAAAUACAUUUUACAGUUUGUAUUUUCUCUGUUGCUUUGAUCUAGAUAACCGGUUUUUUCUCCCCCAGUUUUCUUCUGUUUUUCUCUCUGUCUGCCAGGAUGCCACGCAAGGGACGACGCUCUGAGGCCGCCAAGAAGAGAUGGAGGACCCUGGACCAGGAGGACCUGCAGAGCAGCCAGCCGGACGUCGCCAAGCCCAGGACAUCCCCACCCACCGCGCAGGCUUGGACCCCCACCCAGUCUCCGGAGAAGAAGAUGUCCCGACUGCUGGAGUCCCCGGGCCAGGUGGUUUGCCAGGAGGAGCCCCGUAGGCCAUUGACCUCUCUUGUGUCACGCCGUGGGACGGGGCGUCGCCAUCGCGUCGUGAAGUGGCCGUUUUCCCCUGUGACUUACCGUAGUCACAAGUUGGUCCUGCCAGCCGCGGUCCCGGAGAAGAGGUUUGUUCUUUUGGUUGGUGACUCUCAUCUGCGUGCUUACGUUGAUGAGUUUGUCUCCAUGCCAGAGGGCAACCUCUCCUUUGGGUUUCUUGCAACCCCCGGGGCCUCGGCGGACGAGUUGAGGCGUGAGGUGCUGGGAGCAGUUCUGCCUCGGACCCCCGAGGUAGUCUGUCUUCUGGCACCCGGCAACAACUUGGAAGCCAGAAGGACCGUGCAGCAGUCGGGCGCGGACUUCGAGGGGCUGCUGCUCGCCGUCGGCAACCUCUGCCCUAACGUGGUUGUUGUGGACUUUCCUCCACGUCUCACCGUGGAGGAAGACCACCAACAGCUGCUCCGGCAGGAGUACCACCGUGUGGCUGCUCGGAGAAAUGUUCGCUACCUCUCGGUAGUUGAACAUUUCCCGCGGAGCUGCUUGGACAUGUGGAGCAGGGAUGGCGUUCACCUGAGCGACCAUCCUGGGAUGGAGGUCCUUGCUCAGUUGCUGUGGGAUGCGUCCUACACGCAACUUGAGUUAAGUGCACCGACAUCUCCAGCUCCACCUCCUGCUCCUGUGACGCCUCCUUCCCCCGUGGUGAGACGUUCCCCCCCUAGGCCUCCGCCUCCUGCUCCUGUGACGCCUCCUUCCCCCGUGGUGAGACGUUCCCCCCCCAGGCUGGUUGUGGUCGGCGAGGUUCCAGCUCCGCGUCCUUCGGACCCUUUCGCUUGGACUGUUGUCCGUGGUGGCCAGAGGACGUCGCGCCAGGUCCAGAGGGGUGAUGGCUCUCCACACAUCACUGGGAGGAUGGUUGACCAACAGGGAGACCUGCUGGACUCGACCAUUCCCCCGAAUCCUGUGUGGUUCAGCCCAACGGUGCUGGAGGAGAUGGACCUGAUCGUUCCUGCGUCUGGCCGUGACGCUCCGUUACCGACACGUGCUCUGAAGGGGAAGAAGAAAGCCAGUGUGAGACGUCGUCCACGACCCGAUCCCUCCAAGCCGAGACCGGAGGAGCUGCAGGUGGAGGGAGCUCCGACUGAGAGGACCAGGCCAGCCCGUCGCCAGCCCAGGAGAGCCGCCCCCACGUUGGAGGUUGACGCCCCCGCCGAGUCCUCUCCCGCGCCUCUGGAGGACCAUGUCAGGGAUGACAGCUGCCAGGCUUCUUCGUUGGAACCCUGUGCCAGCGGUCCGCCUGUCCAGACUGUGAGGGCCACACAUUGCCAGGCUGACUACAGAUACGGUACAUUUUCCCGUAAUCACCAGUGUACCUGUAUGGCUCUGACAUUUUUAGCGUACCACAGUGAGGGGUUGCAGUGUGACACAGUCUUACUUGACAGAGUACUUGAGCAAGGAGAUGCACUUUAUGUUGGCAUUAAACAGCAGCUCAUGUUGGACGGUAGAUUUGUUGAUAAUCACUUGACAGUUGAAGAGAUGCCCCAACAAGUACUGACAGACGGGAACAUCUACUCUGUACACACAACGGGUGUCAGAGUUGGUCGUGUUUUGUGUCAGAAUGAUAGCCCUCAAAGGUCACGGCCAAUGGGAUUUCCUCUUGCCUCACAACUAGAGUGUCUGUCUGAAAAUGUCACCCAUGCUUUUCUUUUGGUGACUCCUGAGUGCAUUGCAGUUUUCCGGGACAGAGACGGUAGGUUUGGAGUUUUUGAUUCUCACUCCAGAAACUCAGCAGGCCUGCCCCAUCCUAACGGAACUGCAGUGGUCAUGACCUUUAGCAACCUAACGCUCAUGGUUGAACAUCUGUACAAACUCUUUCAGAACCGUGGCCCCAAUGCCACGUAUGAGUUUGUACCAGUAUCGUUUGUCAGCGACGACAUUGGUGAUGCCCCUCCUCCGGCCUUGAGCAAUCUGAAUAUUUCACCUGGAUCCACACAAGCAAGCCCAGGUGCUAAGAAAUCAGAGAGCGCUUCUGAUGAAGAGGAUGAAGAGGAAAUGCCAGCUUGGCUUGUUGAAGUUGGCCACAUAUUAGAGGAAACUGUCCCAACGAUGCCAGAUGUGUCCAAAUUGCCAAAAGCCAGGAGAAUAAAAGUAAGAGACAGGGUCAAAGCACAGCUGGGACAGGAUGUAGUUAAAAAAAUGAAACAAAGAACAUCUGAGAAAGAAAAAUAUGAUACAUCGCCUACAUAUAAGGUAAAAAAACUACGGGCAAUGAAACAAGCAUAUCUUCUUCAACAUGCAGAGAGGAAGAUCCAGUUAACUGCUAGAUACAAGCGUGAUGUUGCUUACCGAAGGAGACUAAUGGAAUAUGUGAAGAAAAGAUACAGCAACGAUCCCAACUACAAAGCCAGACAGAAAGCAUUUAUGAAGAAGUAUAUGAAGGAAAGAUACAGCAACGAUCCCAACUUCACAGCCAGACAAAAAACAUUUAUGAAGAACUAUAUAAAGGAAAGGUACAGCAACGAACCCAACUUCACAGCCAGACAAAAAACAUUUAUGAAGAACUAUAUAAAGGAAAGGUACAGCAACGAACCCAACUUCACAGCCAGACAAAAAACAUUUAUGAAGAACUAUAUAAAGGAAAGGUACAGCAACGAUCCCAACUUCACAGCCAGACAGAAAAGACUUAUGAGGAUGUAUAUGAAGAAAAUGUACAGCAAGUUACAGUUCCGGGUGCAACAUAAUAAAAAAUGUGCUGUCAACAGGAGACUAAGGCUAUCAAAGAAGACACUUCCUCAAAAUACAAUGCUGCAGUGUGCAAUGAGAAUCAGGCGAAAAUACAGAAGGACUUUAGGCUUUCUCCAAGGAACUCCACAGCCUCUGAUCAGCAACGAAAUGAAAGCUGCAAUUCUGAAAUUUCAAGAGAAAAUUCAACUUGGACCCACACAUGUCUGCACGGUUUGUCACAGAGCUCUUUUCCCGAGUCAAGUCAAGCAUUGUAACAGAGCCAAAUAUACCAAGAACAUUCGUGUGGAGGCCGAAUGCCUGACAGGUACGUAUGUUCACAUGUGUGACUCUGCAUGCUCCGCCCCGUGUUCUGUACCCAAAGAGAGGACUCAGGAGUGGAUCUGCUACACAUGUGACAGCUACGUAACCAGAGGAAAGAUGCCAUCAAUCGCUGCUGCCAAUCACCUGGACCUGGCACCGAUUCCCACAGAGCUUUCCCUAUUGAAUGUACUUGAGAGGCAAUUAAUUGCAAAAAUACUGCCUUUUGCCAAGAUUGUUUCAUUGCCCAAAGGACAGCAGAGAGCAAUUCAUGGAGCUGUUGUUUGUGUACCUUCGGAAAUGGAAACAAUCGUGAACUGUCUUCCCAGGCCCAGCACAGAAGCACAGCUUUUACAGGUUAAGCUGAAGAGGAAAAUUAAAUACAAAGGAUACCAAUACUUUUACACAGUAAACAUGGAAAAUGUUUUGGCUGCACUCAGAAAGCUUAAAGAGACCCACCCGGAUUACAAGGAUGUAAAUAUAAAUGAAAGUGCAACAUUUGAGGAUUUCCAGGACGACCAACCUGUUGAGGAAUCAGAAACCCAAGCAGAGGAUGCAGUCACAGACCAACCUGACCACAUAGGGGAAGAACAUCAGGCUCUUCGACCGGGUCUGAUCUUGGACACUUGUAUGCAGCCACCUGACAUAGCACAGGAAGUGCUCUCCUAUGGAGAUGGAAUUUUUAGUGUCGCUCCCGCCCAAGGAAACAAACCCGUUGGCUUCUUUACUGUUCCAAGGCUGGAAGCCAAGGCUUUUCCUGUGCAGUUCCCCACUGGCCAAAACACGUUAGACGAAGCCAGACGAGUUAUACUGUCACCAAGUAUGUAUUUCAAUGUCAGGCUUUUCUCUGUAGACACUCGAUUUGCCAAAGACCAGAGUUAUCUUUUCUUUGCUCAGUUUGUUACUGAGACUCAUAUGGCCAACAACAGCAUGUCAAUUCAGUCAAGAAAAGGCAAAGCCAGGAGCAAAGAAGGACAAAACAUUUCCAGCAAGAUGCUACAGGACAAAGAAGAGUUAGAAAAACUCAUCCAAAAUAAAGAGGCCACUCGUUUUAUGCAACCCCUAAGAGGAACUCCAGCUUAUUGGGAGAAAGGUUUGCGCGAUUUGCACGCCAUGGUGAGGCAGCUGGGAAAGCCAACCUUCUUUUGUACCUUCUCUGCUGCUGAAAUGAGAUGGCCGGAAGUCAUUGAGGCCAUCAAAGCUCAACACGGAGAGCAGGUCAACUUCUCAGAGCUCGACUGGAACACCAAGUGUGACAUUCUUAGGAGCAACCCUGUUACUGUGAUGAGAAUGUUCUCCAAGAGGGUGGAUGCUCUCUUCACAGAUCUCAUUUUGUCCCCUGCGCAGCCCAUCGGACCAGUUGAGGAUUACUUUUAUCGUGUGGAAUUUCAAGCAAGGGGUUCCCCGCAUAUACAUUCUGUGAUAUGGAUUAAGGAUGCACCUGAGAUGGAGGACCCCUCAUGUUGUGACCAAGUCAUCAAUUUCAUCGACCGUUACAUAUCCUGUCAGUUGCCCGAUGAAACCACAGACCCUGAGCUCCACAAAAUUGUAACGGAGGUUCAAAUGCACAGCAAAAAGCAUUCCAAAUCAUGCAAGAAAGGAAAUGUGCAAUGCAGAUUUGGAUUUCCCAAACUACCCAUGGACCGCACCAGAAUCACAGCCCCUCUCUUAUUCGACUUUGAAAAUGAUUGUGAUGAAAAAGCUAAGCAAUCCAGACAAAAGGAUGGCCAGAAGAAGUCCAGAAAAUCGAAGCCAAUAAUCAUCUCAAACCAACAAAGAGAAGCAAAGAGGAAGCUGAAAUCAAUAAGGGAUUUGCUCAUGGAUCAAAAAUCUUCUUUCAAGGAUUUGCCAGAAUUACUCCAGGCUUGUAAGAUGACCAAAGAAGAAUACAACCACUAUGUGGAUGCUCUGACUUCUGGAAUGGUAGUGAUGAUGAAGCGUGAUCCCAAAGACAGCUGGGUGAAUGGAUACAACCCGGAUCUCCUGCGUGCUUGGAAUGCUAACAUGGACAUUCAGUAUGUGAUCGAUGAGUACAGCUGUAUUGAGUACAUGAUGUCCUACAUAGCCAAGCCAGAGCAUGAAAUGGCGCAGUUCCUCAAAUCCGUUGUGGAGGAUCUAAAGAAGUCCGAUGUCAACCAACGGGACGAGAUGAAAAAGAUCAUGCAGGCCUAUUCAAAACAGAGAGAAGUUAGCGCUCAAGAGUCAGUAGCCCGUACAUGUAGUCUACCCCUUAAAAAGUCAUCACGCAGUGUCAUUUUUAUCCAAACUGAUGAAGACUGUGUGAAAAUGAGCCUUCCCAUGAGCAAACUGAUAAACAUGGCCCCAGAUGAAGAGAAUGUUUGGAUGACAGGAUUGCCUGAAAAAUAUCUCAACAGACCUGAAACGUUAGAAUUUCAACACAUGUGCCUGGCGGAAUUUGUGUCGGAAUACAGGGUCCUUUAUGGAAAACAAAUUGAAGGACCAAAUGCAAUCCCCCUCCUAAAUGAUGCCGGAUACAUCCAGAAGAGAACAAUGGGCAAACCAGCAGUUAUCAGAUUUACCCGUUUCUCAGAGAAGAAAACACCAGAAAAGUUUUACAGACGGCUUCUGAAGUUGUACUUUCCACACAGAAGAGAUGAGGACCUGAAAAAUGAGGAACACACAACUUACAAAGCCUUUUACGACAAUGGACUCUGUGGUAGCUGGCAAGUUAAACAGUACGUUGAGUGGAACCGCAAAAGAUACGAAGGUGAAGGAAAGAAAAUCGACAAGAUUAUGGAAGAACUGACAAAGCAAGGACCGGUUCGCAAUGCUUGGAACACUUUUGCUCCUGAAGUUGAGUUGGACCGUUUGGAAUGCGUAGCGGAGCGACCCUCAAUCGAUGAAAGUGAAGAACAAGACCCUGUCCCAGAAUACCAAGUUGAUGUCAACAGUGGAGCCAUGCCAGCAAUCGAAAUACCCAAAUUGAGCCCUGAUUUUAUUAGACAAAUGUACCGUAGUUUAAAUGAGACUCAAGCUUCCAUGUUUUACGCCAUUCGCCAUUGGUGUCUGCAACGUGUCUGGGGUCAAAAUCCAGACCCGUUUUUUUAUUUUUUGACUGGAGGGGCGGGCUGUGGCAAGUCUCAUGUUAUCAAAUGUGUUUACCAGGAAGCAACCAAGCUCUUGCGCCAGCUUCCCAGAUUUCGCGAUAUUGGUGACAUGUCUCAGCCCACGGUACUCCUCACAGCUUUUACUGGAACUGCAGCUUACAACAUCUCAGGCAAGACUUUACAUUCAGUUUUGAAGCUACCCAAAAGCUUAAAGCCACCAUACAAAGGACUUGGAAAUACACUGGAUGAAGUGAGAGCCGUUCUUUCCAAUGUAGAAAUCUUAAUCAGCAAUCAAGGAGUUGUUUGGAAGCAAAGGAUUUACUCAACUCAUCUCGGAUCCAACAACGGAAAGGCAGACUCUCAUUGACCACAUUUACAUUUCUCAGCCAGAAUAUUGUGUUCAGUCAGGUGUGUUGCAGACUUAUUACAGUUACCACAACCCUGUAUAUUGCAUUUUGGCUUCAUUUUCAGCUGCAUCUUCACCAUGACUUGAGAGGAGGGCUGGGAAACAAAUUACACUAGGACAAUAGUCCUGUCAUUUUUAAUGGUACUCCAUCUUAGGUAAAAACACCAAAGUGAGAACAAAUAAUCAGAAUCAAAUGUCCUCAAUGAUUCGCUUGGAUACUGGAAAUCCAGUUGAUGUAUUUAAAGGGUAAUAAGAAUAACGGUGUCGGCUGACGGCCUGUACAGGUCCAGUAACGGCUGUGAAGCUUAUUGCUCAUGAAUACUUCAACUUGAGAUGACCACAGUACUCCAUUUGAGGCACCGAGUGGUCACCUAGGAUACCCCUGGGAUAUUGUAAGAAAGUGAAUGUAUUUAACAGCUAAUAAGAAUAGCGGUGUCGGCUGACGGCCUGUACAGGUCCAGUAACGGCUGUGAAGCUUAUUACUCUUGAAUACAGCUACUUCAGACGACCACAGUACUCCAUUUGAGGCACCGAGUGGUCACCUAGGAUACCCCUGGGAUAUUGUAAGAAAGUGAAUGUAUUUAACAGGUAAUAAGAAUAGCGGUGUCGGCUGACGGCCUGUACAGGUCCAGUAACGGCUGUGAAGCUUAUUACUCUUGAAUACAGCUACUUCAGACGACCACUGAACUAAUUUGGAGACCAGUGCAUUUUUGAAACAUUUUAUUUAACUCCCCUAGAGAACCUGCUAGAGCUCUCUAGUAUUCUUUUUAUUUUCCUUUUUUGGUUUUCUUUCUGAUCAUGAGCCAAUGCUCCAGUCUGAUGGAGCAGUUUUUUCCACACUAUGGACAUUCUCCACUCCGCUCUGUUUGCUUGGCCAUUAUGUUAAUUUGCUUUGAGUGGAAAGAACCGUUUUUUGCCCAGUUUUAGUAAGUUUUUGCAGGCUUGAGAGCAUGCAACGCACGGCAUGACUCAUGAGGGUUCCAAGAAGAGAUGGAGGAAGCUGGACCUGGUCGAUUUGCAGAGCGGCCCAUCAUACGUCACCAAGCGCAGGACACCCCAACCCACCUGGCAGCCUUGAUCUUCCAAGCAGU